AACUCUCAUUUGUACAAAACAUAUGCAUCUCCUGCUCCUUGGAUAGCCUUUCCUUCACUGCUUUUAAGGUUCCUUAAAUCCCAUAGCAUAACACUUUUCUUGUUCCCAGCACCCUUUUCCUUAUCUAGAAAACAUGGCUAAUGAGCAAAUGAAGCCCAUUGCCACCCUUCUUUUGGUGUUGAACUUCUGCAUGUAUGCCGUAGUUUUGGGCAUUGGUGGAUGGGCAAUGAACAGAGCAAUAGAUCAUGGUUUUAUCAUAGGUCCAGAAUUAAAACUGCCAGCACACUUUUCACCCUUAUUCUUCCCAAUGGGAAAUGCUUCCACUGGAUUCUUUGUAACAUUUGCUUUGCUUGCUGGAGUGGUUGGUGCUGCAUCAGCAAUAUCAGGAAUCACUCAUAUCCGGUCGUGGACUGCUGAGAGCUUACCAUCUGCAGCUUCAGUUGCUACCAUGGCUUGGACUCUUACACUCUUGGCCAUGGGAUUUGCUUGGAAAGAGAUUGGACUUCGUGUAAGAAAUGCACGUCUGAAAACAAUGGAGUCUUUUAUAAUUAUACUUUCAGCUACACAGCUUUUCUACAUAUUUGCCAUUCAUAGUGCUACUGCAUACAGAAGAUAAAACGGAAGGUUGAGGGAAUAUGGUGGUGGUGGUGGUUUUCUUUUUUCUUUUUUUUCCUUUUUUUCCUAUGAAGGCUUGUAUUGGUGUGCUUGUAUUUUUCUCUUUCAUUUCUUUCUUUUUCUGCUCAAAGGAAAAUUAGCAUCAGAGUGUAGAGUGUGGUUUGAAUGAUUGGAAUUGUAUGAAUCAAUAAUACAUCAUUUACGAGAGCAAUAAAGGAGAACAUGCUCCC